AUGGAUAAUGGCAACGCUGCGGCGACGAUGAAACGUCUUCAGCCCGCAGAGUUUGAUAAAGUCUACACUGCCGAAGACAUCGGCAAUUACAAACCUGCCAAAGCCAAUUUUGAUUACCUGUUCAGUCACGUCAAGAGCGAUCUGCAAAUCAACAAGGACCAGGGAGAGUUACUCCACGUAGCUCGAAGCUUGAUCGCCGAUCAUGUCCCCGCGAAGCAACUGGGGCUCAGGAGCGUUUGGAUCUGCCGAGGCGGCGAUAGGAAGGAAUCCUACGGAACAGGCGGUGAUUUUGAGAAAUUGAAAGAUGAUGUCGCGUACGAGUGGAAGUUUGACUCUAUCGCGGACUUUGCCGAGGAAGUAGAAAGACAAUUCGGGGAGAAGAGUGGUUGA